AUGGACCCCGCCGACGCCGAACCCACCCCCGCCCUCCCCGAAGACCCCCUCGCCAACGUCCCCGAACUCCACACCUACCUCACCGCCGACCCCGCCGAGCGCACCGCGGCUCUCAAGCUCGUCGCGGACAGCAUCGCGCAGAUGCGGCAGACCGCUAAUAAUAGCCUGAUUUUCCACCCGUUGAACCUCGCGCUCUUCGUUGGUGUCCUGGCGGUGAUAAUCCGGUACAUGAUCAACGCUGGGCACGAACCGUUCAUCGUCGGCACCACGUGCACGGGACUCUUGUGCAUUGAACUGGUGCUGAUACGGUUCUUGACACAAGAUUAUCUCCUAGCGGCGGAGGAGAUCAAUUGGGCGUGGUUGGGGGAUGCGGAUAUGAUAGUGACGAAAUUCGGCGACGAGGUAAUUGGGACGGUGGUGGUGGAGUGGGUUAGUGGGGAGGCGAGGGGGAAGAGGAAGAAGGCGUGGAAGGGGGAGAUAAAGGCGUGGACGGUGCGGUUGCGGUAUAGGAGGAAGGGCGUGGGGAGAGCGUUGUUGGAGGAGGCGGUGAAGGAGUCAAGGAAGAAGGGGGCGGAGGGGAUUGAGUUUCAGGAGGGGCAUGCUAAUUCAAAGCGUGUGCUCCCAGUGUUCUACAGCGGGAAAUUCGACAAGGGAGACAGGAAGGCACGGGAGAAGCUGCAGGACCUGCUGGGGAGUAGUCCCACGAAGACUAGAAGAAAGAGGGGCAGCAGCGGAUAG